AUGCCUCCUUCUGGAAAGAUGGCGGUCGCGCCGCAGCAGGAGGGCAUCCAGCCACGUGUCCUCGGCAAGCUCAUCACGUUCGCGCUCCUCAUGGCCGUUGUGCCGAUAGGGAUGUACUUCUCCUCCCUCAACUGGCUGUAUGAUGGCAACACUACCUACGCGGCCCUCACCGCCGUGGCCGCCGCCAACAUCGUGCUCGCCGGCUACGUCUACCUCGCGUUCGCAGAGGACGCUGCGGAGCGCACCGAGGCCAAGGAGAAGAAGGCCCAGUAA